UCACAGGCAGGUCCAUACUUGGACAGGAAAUUGAGGAAUGCGAAAGUGUUCAGAAAAUAGCAUUUCAAACGCCUAGCUCUCAAUCACAUAUAUUGAGCGUUUAUCGAUCUUGCGUAUGUCUGUGUUCGCAGAAGAUUCCUGUAGUGAAUGGACUCGUCCGUUGCUGUCCUGUGCGAACUUGCCUUACCUAUUGUCUUUGGUAGAUGGAUCACCCCGAUAACUCUUGGCUACCGUGGUUUGAGUUUUUUCAGUGAGAUCGCAUGGAAAUGUAGAGGAUCUACGGCACACUUUCGUCUGAAAAACCACAACGCGUAAAAGCAUUAAUAAUUGAACGCAUUUUCAGCUAGAAUCACUCAGUGGAUGUACGCGGUGUCACAGCCUUCGGAACUAUGCCGUAGUGGUGUCAUGGGCGAAGAGUAACUAUACACACCUACAACGCUUCAGUGAAUUGUUUGCGUUAUAUUAUUAUCAACUGGGCCGUGUUUCGGCUCGGCUCUAACAGUCAAUCUGGGGGCAGGGCGCAGUUCACCCACCCCAGACAUGCAAAGCAACGUAUGCGGGAAUUGCGGGCGCCCCGUGUACUUUGCGGAGCGCAAGACGUCUCUGGGGCGAGACUGGCACCCCAACUGUCUGAGGUGUAAGGAGUGUGGGAAGGUGCUCACUCCAGGACAACAUGCAGAGCACAAGGGACUGCCCUUCUGCCACAACCCAUGUUACAAGGCCUUGUUUGGCCCUUCUAUACUCGGGUAUGGAUCCAAUGUGCAUUCCGCGGCCAAUUAUAGGAACAGUAAACCGUUCGAUGGAAUUACGAACUCCAGUAAUAUGGAUGGAAUAAGUACAAAGAUAUUCAGUUUUGCCAAAAGUGUUUUGCCCAAUAAUGUACGGAGUGCCAUAUCUCAGGAUAAUACUAAAGUCAAGCCACGAGCCCAGACAAUCUACACUCAGGAGGAACAGGAGAUGCUGAAGAAGGUCCAGUCUUAUAAUGCGUAUUACGAGGGGAAGGUGCGACACCAGAUCACAACAGAAAAGAAUGAAAAUGGGGACUUCGUCAUAGAAGGACCCCUGAGAAUAUACUGGGGCGUGACACGGCCUAUCCAGUUAGAACAAUGUGAUAAUAUAAAGCCGUCGCCAUUGUCCACGUGGCGACAUAGCCUGUACCCCAGUCGUAUCAACAGACAGAGACCUCUAACAGUCAUCGAGGGAAGUGCUUCGGCAGCACGGUCCAAUGGUGUCAGGUUCGCCGAAGACAUUGCCGAGCUCACAACCCCACCAGCCUCACCAAAGAAGUCCUAUGGGUUUGAUGACAGUAUUGUGGCAUCCCAGACAGAUGGAGUUGUUCGGCGGAAAAAUCUUCGCAAGUUUAACACAGUGGCGUAUCGGGGCGAUGCACCUAACAAGUGGAAGAGGGCGUCAAUAAAUGGUCACAUCUAUAACUAUGACACGAGUGUGUUCACCCCAGUCUUGGGCAGCAGUACCAGUGUCAUUGUCGCCAGUACAAUGAAUACUUCACAAGUUAUCAAAACCCUCAUGGAGAAAUUCAAAGUUGUGAAUCACCCCGACGAGUACCAGCUGUACUUGGUGACAGAUGAUGAAGAGAGGCUUCUAACAGAAAAGCAUAUCCCACUGGCUUUGAGGUUAGAUUUUGGUCCCAAUGAAGCAAAGGCCAGGUUCUUUAUCAAAGAAAAAAUAGUAGAACAGCCCAAGACUCCUGUAAUAUCCAUGCCCAUUCAGGAAGCUGAGGAAACACAAGAGGAACAUUUACCCGAUGAGGUGGAGACUCUGCUUGUGCUGCCCGUGGCUGUCCUGGAGGGAGUUCUCAUCAAGUACAAGGAAGAUGAAGAGAAGGAUGCUCGUGUGAUCAAGAUGAGAUACGAACAAAUUCGACGGAGGAUGAAGAAUAGACUGCAGGAGAUGAAGAGUACACAGUCACCAUGAGCUACAGAGUUGGAGGUUCUGAUGGGGUAUUGGGCAAGAGUUUCACAUUGUGAUGUGGCAGUUGUUAUUUCAGACCUUCCAAGUUUGGUAUUGAAAGAUUCAUAGCUUUGCUCCUUGAAACAGUCAUGUCGUCUUGAUCCUAAGGAAUCACCGAAGACUACUCCUUGACAGUCAAUGAUUCUGUAGGGAAGCUGUGGUGUGGUGGCGUGGCGUUUGCGUGGCAUUGUAUCAUAUUCAUAUUUUAUAUUUGGAGACUGACACAAGAUGCCAAGUUUUGUCCUGUCUUGAACCAAGAGUCGAAUCUGAGUAUCUGAUUCAGUAGCUCCAAGCAUAGAGUAAAUACCAUGAGAAGUAUGUGUGGUCAAUUUGAGGAGCCUUUGCUCCAAAAUGAUAAACAUGGCUCAGUAGCUCAUGUGGUUAAUGAUGACCAGAUUGUGGUUAUUGACACUGAUAAAUAGAUUGAUAGAAUACUGCUGCUGAUGGACCAAUCUAACAAGGAAUAACAGUCUUUGAGUCUGCUUCUUCAGCACUGAGGGGCGGAGGCUUGCCUAUUGGUUGAAACAUUCGCCCAUCAUGCUGAAGGCCUGGCUUUGAUUCCCUUGAUGAAUCCUUGAUAUGGCUGGAAUAUCCCUCAAAGCAUAAAACACAACUCACUUUUCAGCAUUGACAUUAUAGGUGGGAGGGCUGUUGGGUAAUAUAUAUGGCGAUGGCCCUUCCUCACUGAAUUGAUCCUUAUUUCAUUCCGCAUGUGAAGCUCAUUUUAGGUGUUCCCCUACAAUAUAUUGCUGGAAUAGUGCAUAGAACUAUACUCUGUUUGAAUUCAGACUAAUUUAGAAUGCGUUCUUUGAUGAAAAUGUAAAAUUAAGUCUCCUAAUUGUGUUGGUUCAUCAGCUGUAGGCAGGCUACACUGUAUGGGUGUGUAACACAAACAGCCUUUCAUCAGCUGUAACAGAGGCCGGCUACACUGUAUGGGUGUGUAACACAAACAGCCUUUCAUCAGCUGUAACACAGGCAGGCUACACUGUAUGGGUGUGUUACACAAACAGCCUUUCAUCAGCUGUAACACAGGCAGGCUACACUGUAUGGGUGUGUAACACAAACAGCCUUUCAUCAGCUGUAACAGAGGCAGGCUACACUGUAUGGGUGUGUAACACAAACAGCCUUUCAUCAGCUGUAACACAGGCAGGCUACAUUAUGAGGGUGUAACACAAACAGGAAAUGUAUCGAUGGACUUCUGAGCAUAAGGAGUUAAUAAUCCAACAUAUCAAUAUGAGAAUACUAUAUAUGUUCAUUUUUUACAAUCAUUAUCCUCAUCUUUCAAGUAAUUAUUUGACAGGGAUUCGAGCAAUUUUCUGAUCUAUGAGAGCAAUUUGGAAAGAAGACAUUAAUAGUGACCAGUGAAAGAUAGGUUAAGACUACAAGUUGUGUGAUAAAUCAUAGUAUCUAACUGAGACCGAGAGGUUCAAGGAAGAUGAACACUGGAGUACGUGCAAUAUUGUAUACUGAGGUGUGUUCAUCUAACUUGAACCUCUAGGUCAGAAACUAGUUUAUACACUGGCAGGGAAGAAUAACCUUUCACGUUACAUCUGGGGCGGUCGGGUAGCCUAGUGGUUAAAGCAUUCGCUCGUCACACCGAAGACCCGGGUUCGAAUCCUGACAUGGGUACAAUGUGUGAAGCCUAUUUCUGGUGUCCCCCGCCGUGAUACUGCUGGAAUAUUGCUAAAAGCGGAGUAAAACCAAACUCACUCACUCGUUCACGUUACAUCUGUUUGAACACCAUGCACGUGCAAAUGAAAACUGGGCAUGUGCUACUUCUAUUGUAAGACAGGUGAUUCACGGAUAGGAACACCUGUGACAUACGCUAGAGCGAGUGUGUCAAGAAUGUUAGUCACAUUGACUUAACCGGAUUUUGUAGGAGCAUGUGUAACAAGUUCUGAGGGUUGCUGUCAAGUCAGGAUUUUGAUUUCAACAUGAAAUAAAUGUUAUAGCAGAAGUAUUUUUUAUAUAUUUGGACUCAUUAACAUCUUUCAAGGUUAUAUAGUGACCUCACUUUUCAAUUUAAGAGGUUUAAAAUAUGUGUCUUUAAACAUCUAUCAUGUUUGUCAUAGUGAAUGGUCUGUCAUUUUAGAUGGAAAUUCUAUGUGAUCCAUGAAAGGAUUUGCAUGCAAUAAUUGUAUUCUCACAUUGAAGAAAAGGCAGACAAGGAAACAGGGUUCUCAAUACCUCAAAUCAGGAACACCGCCGCCCAGUCAUUGACAUCUUCCUGAGGCAAGGGAGUUAACUGACUGUAAAAGUCCAGUUUCCACCCUUGCUGAACUACGAUGGAAUUUCUGGCCUCGAUCGUAGCGCCUGAUGUUGAUUUCCUUAUGCGAUUUUAAUUGGACUAUGCAUAGACUUGUUAGUCAGGCAAAAAAACCCCUCCAUAUUCCAGCCUAUUCGGCAUGGGUGGAACUGGACUUUUAUCGUCAGUUAACUCCCUUGCCUCGGGAAGAUGACUCACUGACCAGUUGGUUUAAUCAUGAUAAUAUCUGUCAACAUCAUGUUACUUUGACGAACACAGCUGCUUGUAUUCACUAUGUUAUUUAGAUGGUCCCCUCUUGAUAUCCGGGACUACAUAACACUGGAUUUACUUAAUGAAGGUAUAAUACACAACACAAGUUAAAUCUCCUUGACUCUUCUGUCUCUGUCCCUACCCAUCUAGAGGAAAUAAUUAGGCAAUGGUUUGAUAUGAACACACUUCAUGCUAUGAAGUAUCGAAAAUUCUUUCAGCAUCUAUGUGAUUAUAUUCUUAAUAUUUCAUCAAGUUAAUGGUGAGAUAUACUUAUUCCUCUUCGAUUAGUUAGACUAUCAGAAAGAUGUUGUUUUUUCCGGUGGGUAUUUUUGUCUUAAGAUCUACACGUAUAUAUCUACAAUUAUUGUAGUAUUGUAGGUAUAUAGAUCUGUAGAUACUGGGUCACGGCAUGAUGGCCAGUUUUCACUUCCUGUUUAUCAGGUUCGGUUGACUACUAUCAGUGGCCGGCAUAAUACCUGAUGAUAGAAAUGUGCAACAUAUUUAUACCAGAAUAACAAAUAGAUCAAGAAAAUGACAUCUUAGGCCAUAAUGAAUUAGUUGACAGAUUUUCAGUCUCACUACCAAAGUCAUAUAAUUUGUCUAUUUGUCUUUGCCUUGGUUCUUUGCUUGAUGAAGUCAUUACAUACUGUCAUGCGUGACAACAAUCAGCUGGAUAUUAUGACAAGUUUAUGAUGCUAAAUAGGUCGGGGACAGUACACCAACUGUGUGAGCCUAUACGUAUCAUGAUACCUUGCUGACGAACCGAUACGUAUCGCGAUACUUGCAUGUGCACUUAUCUGUGGUGUGUAAGCCAUCUUUUUCAUAGACAGGAUUGACAAAUACAUGGCACACUAUUAAUUAAUAGUUGGCAGUGUCAGAUAUGGCGCAAGGGAUGAAAAUAUUUACAUUUUCACUACUCAAUUUCACUUGUUAUUAGUGUUUGGUGUUACAUUUAUUCAAGAAAACAUUUGAGGUAAGAAUCGAUACUUUGUACUUAGAUUGCGACUGUGAUCGAUACUUGAAUCAAGAAGUAAAAAAUCAUGAUCCACCGAUCGUCGGGGUAUCGUCCCACCACUAAUACUAAACCAGUUUCUGAAGAGAGCUUGCCAUUCUGAAACUGGCCAUUUACGGACAGACAUAUCAAAAUGUGAAUCACAUCAAGUGACAGUUCAAAUUGAACAGUAUAUUUAUGAAAUAUAAUGGCUUCUGCCUCUUCUGUUAGAAAACUGGAUGAAAGUCUAAUAUUAAUUUAUUGUGGCCUAAGAUUGUGUUUUGGGUCCAGUGAACAUUGAGAUCUUUCUUGCAAGGAAGUAUCCAUGUUGAUUAAUAUUUGCUGACAAAUUAAUCUUAUUUUGUAAAGUUUAUGCAUAGCUAUUAAUAGGCCUCAGGUGUUUAUUUGUCUUGAGUAUGUCAUGCAGUUGUUGUCAUAAACAUGUCUGCCUGCAGGAACCGCUGCACAUUUUGGUGUUACUACCACAGGGCUUACUGUUGUGGUUGCCAUGGACAAUCUGUGAUACCAGUCUGUUGGUUAAGUUUUGCAUAUAUUUACUCAGUAGUGAAGCAAAAUAAGUAACAAUCUACGGUUGUGAAUGGCCUCAAUUUUUUGCCACGGUGUUUGUGUCCUUAUAUUUUUGCAUAAUUGUAACAUAGCAGAUGCAUUGGGUAAUCUCCUCCUUCAGGGGAUGAGCAGCAGGAAGUACCGACAUAAAUACAAUGUUCUACCACGUGCUGCAAAUGGUCAGCAGUGCUGGCGGUCACGAGAUGGACUAUGUAAGCUGGCCAUAUUUCUUUAUUUGUUGGAUAACAAAUCAUCUGACUAUUUUCAUCAAAAAUGGAAAUCGAAAUCAUCAAUUAUGCACUUUCAUUUUUCGCCACAUGUCACAAAUAUUUUGUAAUUCUUCAACGUUUUUGAAAACAAUAAAUCAAAAACACUAAAAUUAUGCUGACAUUUGAUGUGCAUGUUCCACCAAAUUGAUCAUUCAUAGCUGAUUCUGUGCAGAAUUAAAUCUAGAGUUGCAAUUGUCCUUGAUACAUGGACUUGCUUAAACUGUUUCUUCUGGGAAAACUAAACAUUUCAAACGAUUAUAGAGUGAGAAAGUCAAAAGUUGAGGUAGAUAGGCUUUUCCCCUCACCCAACUUCUGAAUAUGGCAGAGAAUCUGUGAUCCAACAAAUAAAGACAUGAUGGCUGUAGAGGAAUAUUGGUAAGAAGUUGUACCAGUCAGCAGCCUGGAGCCAGGAUGUAUCAUCCAACACUGGCUUUCACAGGAGAUAUUGCUGCAGUGAAGCUGCAAUGGUUUGCAGACCAUUGUGAUGUCAUUGGUUACCAUGAUGUCACAAUGACAUGACAUCACUAUUCUCUCUGCCACUGAAGCUGGUUAGCUUUGGUUUUACACACACGACUGCUUAUUACAUUUUACAAACUGAAAACAUCGGAAGAAUGAUAUGGAUGAUAAAUAGAACCUUAUCCUCAUGUUCUUUUAUAUAAAAUAUAUCAACUCUUGUCCAUAAAAGUUUAAAAUUUCACUGCCUUUUUUUUGACAUUAUUGACUUAAGUUCAUAUUUUUUUGUAUCAAAUGACAUUUGGUCGAGAUUCUCUUAUAAUGUUAGACACUUGUGCUGUGUUUGCACAUGUGAAUUAACAUGGAGAGAAAGUGUAAAGAAAUAUGAUGCCAAUAAGUCCGAUUAAACAUCAUGCAUUAGAUCCAUUAAUCCAUUUGUUGACUUAUAUAACAUAUAUAACAUAUAUGAACUAUUUUGGAGAAACAUAUUAAGUAUUUUUGUGUUGACCUUUAUGCUGAGGCCAUAUACAUGAAUCUGGUCCCUGCUACAUGAUAAACAUCGCUGACCUUUCGUUCUGAAGUUGUGGCUUCGCGUAGGUAAUCAUUCUAUUUGAUGUAUAUAACGACUUUGAACUAGAACUUUUCUGAAUGAAACUGCACAACUUUGCAUCGAAUGCUGUUGUUUCAUGUGUCAUGCUGAAGUUGAACCUUGACUCAAUAUUUGUACAUAGCUGUGCAGACAGCAUUAGCUGCACAUUAUUGCAACAAACUGCAUUCUACCUGCAUAUUAUAUAUCGUAAUGUGUAUCCAACUGACGACGAUAGCCCAAAUAUAGAUACAUAGACAGAAACUACUGAUAUCUUGGAAAUAUCUUAUACUUAUAAACAUAUCAUGAAAUGUAAAUAGAGCGUACCUUGCCAGUGCAUGGGAUCAUAGUGCUAUUUCUACUUACUGUUAUAUAAUUCUUGUUGAUUAUUACAGACAUUAUUCAGAAAUUUAGGGUGAUUGGAAAUAUUUGAAAUGAAUAAAAUUCAAUUUUAUUAGUAAUGAUGAUGUUGCUGGCCUCAAACUGGCCUCAUUGAAACUCUCUGCAUGGCUAAUAUUUUAUGAGCGCUUCUUCAGAAUUAACCUUUCUUCAGGCCAUUCUGUAAAUAUUUUUGCCGUUACAUAUUCAUAAGUUUUCAAAUAAGCUGGUACCUUAGAUGUCCCACUUUUCCUCAAGUGUAGAAAGUUAUUCGUGUGCAACACAGAAUCGAAUUUGCUUUUAAAAAAAUGUGUUUCUGAAUAUAUUUUUUUCUAAAUUCCAAUAAAUUAUCAGUCCAAGAAUUUUAGAGAGUGACCUAACUGAAAUGUGAAAUUGACUUGGAAUGAGGUUUCUAAGCCUUUGAUGUGAAUGUGAUGUUAAGUACUGAUGUGUUUGCAGUUUUGCUAGGACCACCUUGGAGUGAAGGCUGCUGACGCCUGUAGUUACCACGCUGACCAUGGUGUACAUGUAUGUUGGACAGCUUCAGUAGUAUAAAUACUGAGUUUUACAUUGUGUUACCGACAAUCAGGCAUUGUGUCAAACUGAUUUCUGACUUUUCAUUUGUACAAACCAUUGUAUAGUUCCUUUUUGUUUCUGGUGUAAAAUACAAGUCCAAGGCCAUAACAAAUUAAUUAUUUGAUUUUCAUCUCACUCGACUCACUACCAAACACCCCGCCUCACGCCCUUCGUCUCCCUUAUUGCAUACAGAUGAAGAAUAUUGCUUUAUGUAGCCUUCUUCCUCAGCUUGCAUUAAACGGUACUUGUAGUCCUAUCUAACAUUCAUCUUGUGAAUCAUACCUGUUGACUGUGAAUGUACACAGAUAUGGACAGAUUAUUAAAAAUAUACAGUAUAAACAACAAAUUUCUCCCCCUCACAAUAUUGAAAAAAGGAUGAAAAUCGAAUGAUGUAUUUUUGUGGCCUACCCUGGGUAUGAAGUAUUUAACAGAGGGUAUGAUUUAAAGUAUUUAACAUUUUAAUUGUAAUAAGAUGAUCAGUGUUGACUUGUUGCUACAUUCCAUGUUCAACCAUGUCGGCUCCUUUUAUUGAGGAGAGAACAUUGGUGUAUGUAUUAUUUAUGAUGGAUGAGGAUAAACACAGACAACAGACAUGCAACUGAUGUAGAUUUUAGAUGUACCGUAUUCCAUGUAAUAAGCGCCCAGGGCGCUCUCAAAAUUAGAAAUAGGGGGCGCUUAUUAGAAUAUUAUUUUGAGUUAAAAGAUCGUAAAUAUCGUGGUUUAUGCUAACAGCCUGAAAUGUUUACAUACGACAGCUAUAUUUAAAAAAAAUUUGAUUGCCCAUAAUUAAGGGUGAUAUAACACACGAGUGCGUAUUAUACACAAAUAAAUAAGUCUUGUGUACAUUGAUCAAUCGGAAGGGGUACUGAUUGGGAUUGUUCACUAGCCAAUAUAUUAGCAAAUAUCGCCAUGGGCGCAUAUUAGAGCGGGGCGCUUAUUACGUCGAAUACGGUAAUACUUGUAAACAGCAUUAAACUCACUCACUCUCAACAUUGGGACUAUUUUUUACAUUUUCAACACAAUCAUCAUGAAGUUGCUUUUGUUUUUUGUCCCUAACACGGGGGGGGGGGGUGCUGGGUUAUAUAAAUAGUGCUGAUAUUUUCAGUGACAGGAUAUUGUUUGUUAGUUUGACUUAUAAAAUAUUGGGUACCGGUAUGUAGAAGAAUUAAAUGAUUUCAGUCUGGGGUCUGUUAUCUGUUGUCAGUAACUUAUGACAUAUUAAUGCAGAUUUGAUUAAACACAGAAAAUUCACAAUCUUGUAUUUAUUGUAUAUUGUAUUGAGUUAAGGAAGAGAAUUUAUGUAUGGAUGUCAACGUGUUUAUUAUGAGGAACACGUUUCGGAGUAUAUGCUUGCUCCUUCAUCAGGUGACGUCCAUGAAUUCUCUUCCUUAUGGGUAUCACUUCUAAAUGCCUUUCAAAGACUUGUAUUGAGUUGUAUCUUGUUUACAAGACAUAUUAUGUUGUCAUAUUUCAUGAUCAAAUGUCCGUAACAUAAGCUAAAGAUAGGACUGACCGUUUCAACAUUGAUGGUGGUAACUAAUCUGUGACCAGUAGGUAAAUACCUUGAAUUUUUGUUUCUGAUUUGUAUUUUCUAUUUAAAUGUGCAUAUUGAACAUUGUGUUUUUGUUAUAUUUGUUUUAAGGCUUCUUCUGAAUCUAAUACAUCUAUCAUAUUUGACAACAUAUGUAUUUACAUAAUAAGUAUGUUAUAUAGUACUAACCUUGUUUUCAGAGUUUUGACAUGUCACAAAUAGUUCCAAAAUUUUCAAAGCAGGGGAAGACACAUUUCACCGAUCCCUAUGCAUAAAUAUUUUUCCAAAUGUUUUGUGGAUGUCGAAAAUAAUAAUCAAAAUAAUUAAAGGAAAUUAUUUGCGUUUCUUCUUUUUAUAUUUAUGCUACUUAAAUGUUAUUUGUUGUUCAAUACGAUCUGUAACAAGUUUGAAAGUAUGAGUUUGUAAACGCCAGAUUAGUCUGUUUUAUCUGUAGAUAAUCUCAUGUCUUUAACACGUGAGACUUGUGCAUCUGUUGGAGACUUGUGCAUCUGUUUGAGACUUGUGCAUCUGUUUGAGACUUGUGCAUCUGUUUGAGACUUGUGCAUCUGUUUGAGACUUGUGCAUCUGUUUGAGACUUGUGCAUCUGUUUGAGACUUCUGCAUCUGUUUGAGACUUCUGCAUCUGUUUGAGACUUGUCAUUUGAAGGCCAAAUUUUGUGCAACAUAAUCUUUAGUGCCAAAAGUGCAAUGAAGCCAAGUUUGGGAUGUCAGGGAUGAUAUUAUGAUGAACACUUUGAAUUUUCAAUGGCAAAGCUGAUUAUUUGCACACAUCCAACUCUUGUACUAUAUCUGGUGACAGUUGAUUACAUUUUAUAUUAUGGUCGUUCAAUAUAUUUCUGGAUUAGCCGCAGUGAAGUUUAAGCAAAGAACACAGUUUUACAAAAUUAACUAUGGGAGUUUUUAUGAGUGAGGUAGGGAUGAAAACAUAAUGGUUUAUGAUGACUUAAUAAAAACUGCAUGUAUUUUGAAGUAAACUUCCAAGAAUAAUUUUCAUAUAAAAUACUUAGUCAUUCUCAUUGAUGAAGGUGUGUCGUUUGCUUUCAGGAACGCAAACAAGGUACAUUGGAAUGCAACCAUAUAGUAUUGGCUGUAAAAGGUGUAACAAAUUUAGUUUUAGGGGUAUAUUGUAAGCAAGGUGUUUUCAGCAUUACCUCAAAAUGGAAGUCCCAUGACAUGUAUAAAGUUCAUCUUAUACAGCCAAAUAUCCCUUAUCUAGUUAGAAUACUCAAUGUAUCGGAGUUAUGUAAAAAAUUCGAAUUUUUAUCGCCAUUGUAAUCAGUUGCCAGGAAGCAGUAUUUUAGUCAGUAUUAGCCUUUUUUGAAGUUACUAACUCGCAUAAUGUCCCUUAUAUACUGGUAUAUAUACUUCUUGUCAUUUACUCUUCCAUUGAGAUUAUGAUGGAUAUAAAACCAUAAGCUCACAUAUUAAUGGUGGGGUGGGGUCAUAUUGUAUCAAGGAUAAGAAUACAUUGUUUGGAUCAUGCCAACUUUUUGUAUUCAAGGCAGCCAGCUUUUUGCGAAAAGGCAUUGUUGGCCUUGUUAUACUCAUGGGAUUUCAUUAUACAGGGCAUACUAGCCAUAAUCGGUGGUCAAGAAAUGUUAUUGUCUUGACAACUGAUGUCCAUAUUCAUCAUACAGUUCUACUUUCACUCCGAUUGAAGAAAUGCACCAUGUAGGACUAUGAUUUGGCAGAGUAGCAUUCAUUGACCAAAUUGUACGAUGCGUUUGUUAAUUCAUACUUUGUAUGUACGUGUGUGCGUGUGCAAGUUAUUGGUACAGGAUAUUGUGCCGUGUGUUAAUAUUGGAGUGUUGAUACAAAUUUCAGCAAUUUGUAUGUUUGGGAUGGGACACAGAGUUGGAACAUUUCUCUUUCUUGGGUGAAAUUGUCAUUUGUGAUGUACUGAUGACAAUAAAUUAUAUUGAAGUA